GUAGGCAACGUCGCUCGGUCAAUGGCUGCGUUGUCGCAGAACGAGCAGGCGGAGGUCCACCGCCGCGUCACGCUUUCCGAUCGAAUCAAGACACACCUGUCGAGCAUCCAAGCCAAUUGGCUCCGACCCGGGGCGCAACGCCAGUCGUUUUGGGGGGCUGACGGCUUCCAAGCGACAAAGGGACCACUCGGUCUAGCCGCGUACGACUGGACGAUCACCGGUAACGGCCUCAGAGCCGUCAUCUCGCCCAAGACUAAACAUUAGCUGAUGCCAACAGUGAAAGACGUUCACGUCUGGCACAGGUCUAACCUGGGCUCAGCUCGCGAACCUCAUCGCUGACAAAGUGUUGGAGAAUGGCUUUAUGGUCGAGUUGGUCGUGGUGAGCAUUCACGAAUGAGUGGACUCUCUGGGGAAAAAUCAGUAUCGAAUAACCUGCAUCUGUGCACACGUGAUGGUCAUAUCCUCUUCAACAACAUGUGCAGUUCCGAGACAUUUACACGGGCGCGAAGACUCGUGAAUGUGGAUGUCCGAUCGGUACUCGGCUUAAAAGGAGACGGCUGAAUGUAAGGACAUGCCAGUGGUGGAGCUGAUGCAAACGAAAUCAU